AAGAAGAAGAAGAAGCCCUCUCUGCUCCGAUCCGUAACCGCACGGUUUUCCAAGCUCUCUCUUCGUUUACAGAUACAGUAUGGCGCUGGAAGUUACCCAGGUGCUUCUGAAUGCUCAAGCAAUAGAUGGCACUGUGCGGAAGCAGGCUGAAGAAAGCUUGAAACAGUUGCAGGAGCAAGAUCUUCCUUUGUUUUUGUUAUCUCUUUCUAGAGAGCUAGCGAAUGAAGAGAAACCUGUCGAGAGCCGAAAAUUAGCUGGUUUGAUACUGAAGAAUGCUUUGGAUGCUAAGGAACAACAUAGGAAGUCUGACCUUGUUCAGAGAUGGCUGGCACUAGAUCCUUCUGCGAAGAACCAGAUUAAAAUGUGCUUGUUACAGACCCUUUCUUCCCUUGUGGCAGAUGCUCGUUCAACUACUUCACAAGUCAUUGCGAAAGUUGCUGGUAUUGAGUUGCCUCAGAAACAGUGGCCAGAACUGAUUGGAUCACUCUUGUCGAAUAUUCACCAGUUACCGCCUCAUGUAAAGCAAGCCACUUUAGAGACUCUUGGCUACUUGUGUGAGGAAGUCUCGCCUGAAGUUGUGGAUCAAGAUCAAGUAAAUAAAAUACUGACGGCUGUAGUUCAGGGUAUGAAUGCAUCUGAAGGGAGCACUGAGGUUAGACUUGCUGCCACCCGAGCACUGUACAAUGCUUUGGGUUUUGCUCAAGCCAACUUUAGCAAUGCUAUGGAGCGUGAUUAUAUUAUGAGAGUUGUCUGUGAGGCAACUCUCUCCCCAGAUUUGAAGAUACGACUGGCUGCUUUUGAGUGUCUGGUUGCAAUUUCAUCAACUUACUACGACAAAAUAGCCCCUUACAUUCAAGACAUCUUUAACAUCACAGCAAAAGCAGUUAGGGAAGACCAGGAACCAGUUGCUCUUCAAGCCAUUGAAUUCUGGAGUUCAGUUUGUGACGAGGAGAUAGAUAUAUUGGAAGAUUAUGGGGGUGAUUUUACAGGGGACUCUGAUAUUCCUUGCUUUUACUUUAUCAAGCAGGCACUCCCUGCUCUUGUCCCUAUGCUUUUGGAGACACUACUUAAGCAGGAAGAGGAUCAGGAUCAGGAUGAAGGAGCUUGGAAUAUUGCUAUGGCUGGGGGAACAUGCCUUUGUCUAGUGGCUCGGACAGUGGGCGACGAUAUUGUUCCGCUUGUCAUGCCAUUUAUUGAAGAAAACAUAACAAAGCCAGAGUGGAGGCAAAGGGAAGCAGCGACUUAUGCUUUUGGUUCCAUCUUGGAGGGUCCGUCGGCAGACAAGUUGACACCUAUUGUUAAUGUUGCUUUGACAUUCAUGCUCAGUGCUUUGACAAAGGACCCAAACAACCAAGUGAAGGACACUACUGCUUGGACCUUAGGAAGGAUUUUUGAAUUCCUUCAUGGUUCAACUGUGGAUGCACCGAUUAUUACACCAGCAAACUGCCAACAGAUCAUCACAGUUCUUCUUCAAAGCAUGAAGGAUGUGCCAAAUGUUGCUGAGAAGGCCUGUGGCGCUCUUUAUUUUCUUGCCCAGGGUUAUGAGGAUAUAGGGGCAUCAUCUCCCCUGGCUCCUUUUUUCCAGGAAAUUGUUCAAUCUUUAAUCACUGUUACUCACAGAGAAGAUGCUGGGGAAUCACGAUUAAGGACUGCUGCAUAUGAAGCGUUGAAUGAAGUUGUUAGAUGUUCGACUGAAGAAACUGCUUCCAUGGUAUUGCAACUUGUACCUCUUAUAAUGAUUGAACUGCACAAGACUCUUGAGGGCCAGGGACUAGCAUCUGAUGAGAGAGAGCGGCAGAGUGAGUUACAGGGACUUCUCUGUGGGUGCUUACAAGUCAUUAUUCAAAAGCUAGGUUCGUCAGAGCCAACCAAAUAUGUUUUUCUGCAGUAUGCAGAUCAGAUAAUGGGACUUUUCUUGAGAGUAUUUGCUUGUAGAAGUGCUACUGUCCAUGAGGAAGCCAUGCUUGCCAUUGGGGCCCUUGCUUACGCAAGUGGCCCAGAAUUUGCAAAAUACAUGCCCGAGUUUUACAAGUAUCUGGAAAUGGGUCUUCAGAAUUUUGAGGAGUACCAAAUCUGUGCUGUCACGGUCGGUGUUGUAGGGGAUAUUGCUAGGGCAUUGGAAGAUAAGAUUCUGCCAUAUUGUGAUGGAAUAAUGACCCUACUGCUAAGGGAUUUAUCAAGUAACCAGCUGCACCGCUCUGUAAAGCCUCCUAUAUUUUCCUGCUUUGGUGAUAUAGCUCUGGCGAUAGGAGAGAACUUUGAGAAGUACUUGAUAUAUGCCAUGCCAAUGCUUCAGAGUGCUGCUGAGAUGUCGGCCCGCACAUGUGCUGAUGAUGAAUUGACAGACUAUACCAAUUCUCUAAGAAAUGGAAUCUUGGAGGCAUAUUCUGGGAUUUUCCAAGGUUUCAAGAACUCACCAAAAACACAGCUCUUGAUAGCUUAUGCUCCUCAUAUCCUGCAGUUCUUGGAUAGCAUAUACAUGGGGAAAGACAUGGAUGAUGUGGUGAUGAAAACAGCUAUUGGAGUUCUGGGAGAUCUAGCAGAUACACUGGGAAGUCAUGCAGGCUCUUUGAUACAGCAAUCUAUGUCUAGCAGAGAGUUUUUGAAUGAAUGCUUGUCUUCAGAAGAUCUUUUGAUUAAAGAAUCUGCAGAAUGGGCCAAGUUGGCAAUUAGUCGUGCCAUUUCUGUCUGAGGCUGCCACCUGGUGUAUUCUAUUUGUUUGGAAGUCCCUGCAUGCAUUUGGGUGUGUUGAGUUGGGUCAUAGAAUUGCAUGAGUCAAGCAUCACCAUUUUCAGUCGGGCAACGGAAGCUGUGUCAGUCUUCAAGUUGUCACUAACUUGCAUCAUCUACAAAAGUUGUGACUAACAAUUGCAUCAGCACAAAGGGCUUGGGUCCUGGUAAUUUCAUAGAAGAGUGGGCAGUGAGUGUCACUGAAGCGGUUUAAGGCAUGCAGGUCACAGAGGAUUUUGGCACCAGAGUGGACGGUAAGUGACAUUGAUGAGUGCAACUUUUCUCAGCCACUCAGGUCGAUUGGUCUUUGAAUACUGAAGGUCUUACCAAUAUGUGUGUCUCCUGCGGUGAUCUCCUCCAGUGAUUUUUGGGUCAGAAUGCAUAAAUUCCCUAAUGUUUGCUCGGGUGCUGACGCCUUAUCACCACCCGUUGUGUGCCAUGUCCCUCACGUCUUCCUUACCAGGUCUUGAUUCCUGAAUCUAGAGUCUGCAUCUAUUCAUAUCUUCAUUCAUCCGUCAUAGUUAGUGUGUAUUCCAGAAUAUCUCAUCAGCAGAUCUGACUGCUUUCUCUUAUGGGUUGAGGGUCGAGACGUGCUAUUGGAAAACGCAGAUCCUGCAUUGCAUUAUUCAUUUUUCAUAUUCACAAAGUUAUUAGAUUUAAGUCAGUUUCAUAUGUCCAAUAUACCAUGCAUUUCAUGAAAUCAUUGUAAUGCGGCUUUUUUGAAGAACAGGUUUUUCUUUUGCUCAGGAACAUGUAAUAACUUCUUGGGUUUUGCUAUCUCCACCUUUUGGAAUUUGGUAUCAUUCAACAUCACAAAGUGUAAUGGUGCUUGAUUGGGAGAGGCAUUGUAUUUGGUGGAUUGCCUCAUUUGUUAUCUUUCAAGACAUAUUACAAAUUAAACUUUAUGUGAAUUUUGUGAUAUAAUUUUCAUUACCCCUUGCAACAA